AUGGGAAUCGGAGAAGAAAGCAGCAAGCCAAUGUGGGGAAGCGUGAUCCACGCGCCUUCGGGCUACGUUCUCAACGGCAAAAUCAUGCUCUCCUCCGUCAUCAUCCUAUUCGUCGCCGUCAUUAUGAUCCUCUGCUUCCACACCUACGCCAGAUGGUUAUUCCGUCGUCAAAACCGUCGCAUUCGCCGCCGGAUUCGUGCCCACCUCCGCUCUCUCUCCCGAGACCCGACCAUCUCAUCCUCCCUUUCCCCUCUCGAUCCGGCGGUUCUCGAGAAGAUUCCGAUCUUCGUUUACUCCUCCAAAACUCACCAAUCGGCAUCAGAGGAGUGCUCCGUUUGCUUGUCGGAGUUCGAGGAAGACGACGAAGGCCGUCUUCUCCCGAAAUGUGGCCACGCUUUUCACGUCGAUUGCAUCGAUACUUGGUUCCGUUCCAGAUCCACUUGCCCGCUUUGCAGAGCUCCGGUUCAACCCGAAACCGCGUCGACCCGACCCGAAUUCACCGAACCAGCCGCUCCGGUUAAACCGAUAGAGGACGUAGAAACCGGAAGCUCCUCUUCUUCGUCUUCGUCUUCGUCUUCCCCCGCAUCUUCGCCGUUGAGAUUUCCGAUGGAGCCGUGCGAGAGAGUACCGAUAGAUCUACUCGGUAUCACAGUGGAGAUUCCCAGAGGAUUCGAAAAAAUCUAA